AAUGGCGGAUAAUAUACCCGUUUUCACAAUACAAGAAACUUCUUAUCCUGAAAUUAAUAAUUUGCAUAAGUUAAUGCACGAAAAUGUCUCUUGGAAUAUCUCUAGAGAUUUUUUACAAUCAAUAUACGACUCUUUUGAAAUGAAAACUUUCAACGCCGUUGCAGAGGAUGGCGAAAUAAUAGGAACUUGUUCAAUGUCACCUAUCGAGGAUAUUCCAGAUUGCUACAUGUUUACUUCGUUUGCCGUGAAAAAAUGCUAUAGAGGAGCCGGUAUAGGCAGAGAACUAUUGGAAAAAGCUGAUAAUAUAGUUAGAAAUAGUAACGCUUUGGUAAACGCCGCCGAGGGUACUGAUGAUCUGUACAAUCGUAAAGGAUAUACUCUAACUGAUUUUAUUAUUCAUGGCGUUUUUGAUGUCCCCAUUCUAAAUGAUGAAUUUAAACAGAAUAUCAAACAAGAUACAGCUGUUAUCAUUGAAGUGACGAAUGGAAAUGAUAAGAUAAUGGAAGAAGUAUUAAAUUUUGAUCAACGCGUUGCCUAUUCGAAGAGAACGCAAUUCGUUAAGUCUUGGUGUCAAAAAAGCGAAUAUACAUUAGUGGCAUUAAGAAAUAACAAGUGCGUUGGCUAUACUUGUUUAUGGUAUAGCGAAUUCUACAGAGUUGGUCCACUAUUCGCUGAAGAUAAUGAUGUUGCAUCUCUCUUAUGGCAAAAAUCUGUUGAAAAGUUGUCCGGGGAGAAGAUAUUGGUUGAAAUUUUUGAGGAAAAUAAGGAUGCUCUAAGCCUAUUUGCCAAAAGUGGUUUGACAAUAGAAAGAAACAAAAAAUACGUUAACGUUAGAUUUAAUAGUAAAGAAAUUGUGAAAUUUAAUAGGAAAUAUGUCUAUGCACUCUCUUCAACUGAUUGUCCAAUUCUUGUCUAA